CCUCCUCCCCCAUCUAUCUAAUCUCCCUUGUACAUAACAUAAGUCGCCAUUCGUGUCUAUCGCCCGCCAUCACCUCCGCAUCUCCGCACCCGACAUAGCCUAUCCUUAGUGUAACCUACCCACAUAGACCGACUGCAUCCACGACGCCUCCCGUCUUGCACGAAAAGGUGACGCGACCGUGAUAGGUCCCGCUUGACCCUCCACCACUACCUCCACCACCUCCACCAACACCAGCCCUAUGAGCUCGUCGCAACAUGGAAAACAAUAGGGCCAGCGGCUCCUCGCGGGCUGUCAACCCCAUCCUCCAGAAACUCCCCGACCACUAUCCUCAGAAGCGCACCUCCUACCGCCGUCCCAUGGAUGCCCAACCCCAACCCGCCAUGUCCAACACUGUCCCCAGCAAUACUGCGCGGCCCGUCGCAGCCGCUCCUACGGCAAAUGGCGUCUCCCGAGCCUCUUCCCAUAGACGGCGACAGAGCCAGCAGAUUCCUCCCCCGACUACAGGCGCAAUGAGCGAAUCCGUCCCCGCAGCUCCAGACGUCCCCCGCGCACCCCCCAUGUCGUACAAAGAUCCAUAUGCGCAAAGGCAGAGCUCCAGGGGACCGCCGCGCUCGAGUUCUGGCAGGUCCCGCGAUCCGGCCAUCCAGCUGAACCCCAGCAGACAGCAAGCCACCAUUCAAACAGCCGCCGACAGACUGUAUGACCUACGAUCACCUCCAUAUGCGCCAGUCGAGCCAAUGGCUGGGACCAUCGAACGGCACAACUCGCAGCGCAAACCCUCUGUGCCCGACCGAUCUCCGCUCCAGAAACUCGAGGGGAAGCUGGAUGACAUAAGUAAAGAGGAGAGAAGAGCGAGGAUGCUCGAAGCCGAAUUGGCCGCGCAAGAAAAGGCUGAAGCGGACAUGCGAGCACGUCGCGCGCGCGAUGCUGCAGAAAGGCAGCAACGAGUGGUAUCUCAGCCUUCCCGAAGAGCAGAGCAAGCCACCAGCGCCCCCAAUCGGACGGCUAGCUCCAAGCGCCACGUCUCAAUGCCAAUGCCACACAAGCCUCCCCAAAUCAGUGACAUGGAGUCUGAUGACGGCUUUGUCUAUGAUCUCAGUGAGCCAUGGGAUCCUUCCACUGGCCAAGGGGCAGCAGAUCCAGCGCCUCAACGUGCACCGUCACAGAAACAACCACGCCUAGCUUCGAGCUACCAGCAAGCGCCACAUACUGACGCUGGUAUCCCGCGGAGUACCAGCCUAAAGGGAAAAGAACCAGUAGGGGUCUCACGAGGCGCUGGCAGCUUCCGUGAUCGAAGCACAGCACCUACUGCGCAGAGUGUUCAUAGGAAGCCAAUUGCUUCACCCACCGGUCUCGGUUUAGUCGGUGUAGACGAUACGUCCGCGGGAGCUGAAAUGAACCGCUCCGACAGUCGAAGAGUUGGACAAGGGAGAAGAGACAGUAGAGGGAUCAUAGCUGCGCAGAUGGAAAUGCAACAGCAACAAAUCGAUCAAAAAGGAAAUACACGAGACAUUGAUACCCACCUCCUACAUCCUCACGACCCGCCUGCAGUCCCAACCAACCGUAAGAGCGUGGGCUUCUCCGAACCUGAGACGGGUUUGCAGCCUCGAGCAUCACAAGAGUCUCAUAGCCAUCACCAUUUCGGACACCAUGAUCAACCGGAGCGAACCUACAUAGCACCACCUGCACUAGAGGAGUGGAAAGGUGCGCCGGUUGGCGGUCUCACCAUCGAAGAUCUCGACUUGGACGCCCCAGUCAGUGCCAACAGUGGCAAUAAAGCAUGGUGGGAAGAAAGUCAGUCUUCCCGCCGAAGACGUUCUGGCGGUCAUGUAGAGCCCACGUACGAUGGCUAUGCAGAUGAACCUCCUGUGCCGACUACAUUCACUCCCCAGUUGUAUCUGAAGUGUGGACCACUCCUGCGCUAUACUGGUCUUCGUCGGGAUCGUAGCAGAGCAGGCAAGGAGCGAGAGAUCUGGCGAGGUAGCGUGAUGAUUGUCACUCUUGAUGCACAGUCCUCGUACUCGAAGCCGCCCACACUGCGACUGUUCAAGCAGCCCAUGGACAUCCUACCACCACCACCCCUCGAGGUUGACGGUGAUCAACUCGAUCCUUCGUAUGUUGAUCCCGUUGAAGGCCAGAGUAAAGUCUCGCGCACUGGCAAGACGCUGUACGUCAAGCCUGUCCAUGAGCUCGCCGAGAAUGAAGACUUGUCACGCUUGGAGGAUGACACUGGUCUGUUCGCAACAAGUCGAAGUUCAUCCAAUGGAUCGGCUAUUAAGUCUACCCGUGUCCACAAAAAGGACGGCGAGAAGCUUGGUAAAGUGCGCGAUAUUCCUGGCAUUCGUCUCUACGCGGAACGGGGUGUUACCUUUUGGCGCUUUAACAUCGAAGUUGAACUCGGAAGCAGCCAAACACGCAUCGCGUACAAGAUCAAUCGCGGCCCUGCUGUAGGAUUCUGGGUUCCAGCCAAGGGCGAAUCCAUGAACAUCAUGUUCCACAGUUGCAACGGCUUUUCCUUGAGCGUCGAAUCAAAGGAGUUCUGUGGACCAGAUCCAAUGUGGCGGGACGUCUUGAACACUCACCAGACUCGCCCAUUCCAUGUGAUGAUUGGUGGGGGUGACCAAAUCUACAACGACGCAGCAAUGAGGCAGACCACGCUUUUCAGGCAGUGGACUGAGAGCAGGAACCCUCUACAAAAGCACAAUGCACCGUUUUCCGAGGAGAUGCAGAACGAGCUGGAGCAAUUUUACCUGGACCGGUACUCCAUGUGGUUUUCGCAAGGUCUAUUUGGCAUGGCAAACUCCCAGAUCCCAAUGGUGAACAUCUGGGACGAUCAUGAUAUUAUUGACGGUUUUGGUUCGUACCCACACCAUUUCAUGCAAACGCCAGUCUUCACUGGUAUUGGCGCUGUUGCCUUCAAGUACUACAUGCUCUUCCAACAUCAAUCUGUGGCCGCUGAAACCGAAAAGACCGAACCGUCAUGGGUACUCGGAAAGAACCCAGGUCCAUACAUCAAAGAGCGUUCACGAAGUGUGUUCAUGCAUCUUGGCCGCCAGGUAGCCUUUCUAGGUCUUGACUGUCGUACAGAAAGACAGCGUGACGAGAUCAUUACGGAAGAUUCCUACGACAUUGUCUUCGAUCGGUUGGAAGAUGAGAUCAUCAAGGGUGAGACCAAGCAUUUGAUCGUCCUCCUAGGGGUACCCAUCGCCUACCCCCGGUUGAACUUCCUGGAGAACAUAUUGACCAGCAGACUGAUGGAUCCUAUCAAGGCUCUCGGACGUACCGGGCUACUUGGCAACUUCGUAAACAAGUUUGAUGGCGGCGUGGAACUCUUAGAUGACCUAGAUGAUCACUGGACAGCCAAGCAUCACAAAGAGGAGCGUAAUUGGUUCGUCCGUGAACUGCAACAUAUCGCUUCGACCAAGUCCGUUCGUAUAACCAUUCUUGGAGGCGAUGUUCAUCUUGCGGCUGUAGGUCAAUUCUACACUAACAAGAAGCUCAACAUUCCAAAGGACAAGGACCAUAGAUACAUGCCCAAUGUUGUGUCAUCAGCUAUUGUCAACACGCCGCCUCCUGAUAUGAUGGCAGAUAUCAUCAACAAACGGAACAAGGUGCAUCAUCUUGACCCAUACACAGAUGAGGACAUGAUACCUAUCUUCACUCAUGACGUAAACGGAAAGAAGAGGAACAAUACUCAUUUGCUACCACACAGAAACUGGUGCAGCAUACGAGAAUACAAACCAGGAUACUCUCCGCCGACCACACCAUCCCCACCCACAACUCCACAAGGUGGCCCGCAGCUCUCGAGGACACUUUCAGACUACGCACCUGGACAGAUGGUGAGGCGGUUCAGCGGGAAUCCGACAAGACCCUCAGCACGGAGUCGAGGGCCGCCCCUCUCGUAUUAUAACAACCCCGCCAAUGCUGCUGCCGACGAGGAACAGACUGGUACUCGCAAUCAGCCGCAAUCCUCAUUUUCACCUGACCGGUCUGAGCCCGAAAGACCUCGCUCGCGCCGCAACUCUUUGUCGUCACUGUUCCGUCGCCGUCCAUCAGUCGACGACGCACGCCUGGACUCUUCUCGGAGCUUGUCGCCACCUCGAAAUCGCGACAUCGUCUCCCAGGAUCGACCGUCCAACUUCCAUCGUCGACCUAGUAUACUAGGCAAGAAGGGCUUGCAGCAGCAUAGCGAGUUCAUCAACCUUGAAGGGGGCCUUGACAUCUGUCUUAACCUAGAAGUCUCACAACACGACCCAGCGGGCAUUACAACACCAUACCGACUUCUCGUGCCAGCUCUCCAUUAUACAGAGCCCGAGCCCGGUGCUCUCGAGACGGAACGUCGCAAGUCUCGUGGCAUGUUUGGGGUCUUUGGUGGCGGUGCGAAACACAAGUCUAAGAUCGGCGAUGACGGAUACUCAAUGUCGGGCAGUGAGAGUGGCAGUGAGCUGGGGGAGAUCUCUGCGGACGACGAAGAGGAGCGCACCCGUCAAAGGUACAAAGUCGGACCCAGAAUCCUCAUCCCAGGUUUCGGAUCGCGAAACAAGCGCAACUCUGCCUCCGCUCGAGCUCCCCCUACUGAGAACCGGCUGAGCUCUGGCUACCAUACUAACUCGUAUGAAGCUCCUCCGCGUGCAGAUCUAGAGCAGACAGACGGUUCUCGCGGCCUCGCGCCCGUACAAAGUCAGGAUCAAGGCCGAAGACAGAGUAUAGAUGUUCCUACAAAUGGAUCUAGGGCCUCUGCUUGGGAGUCAGUCGCCGCGAAAAGGCAUGUCAGCGCUCCGCAGUAUCCAAGCACCACAACGACAACUCAGACCACGACCCAAACUUCAGUGCUUCCAUCCCGCUCCGUCUCCACCCGCAAACAACCCACGUAUAACUCCUCGCACAAGUCCCAGCUGCCAGCCCCAGCAACCGAGCCGGAGUCGGAGCCGAAAGUGCAGAGACGGGCGAUGGGCGGCAUCCUAAACCAACACUCUCACGAUAAGAAGUGGGAGCAUGAGGCGCACGUAAUUACUCAUACUCCUUCACAGAAGCGAUCUAAGCGCGAAUCCUACCCUCCUCACCCCGCCAUCGUAGGAGCGGGCCCCGGCUCCCCUUACUCGCGAGACGGACCAGUGGGUAUGCAAGCCCGCAACGAUACAUCAGGGGGCGACUACUUCGCGUCUGGGGGUCGCGAGGGCCAAAGCUACCCCUCCAGCGCGCCCACCAGUCGAGCAGGCCAGGCCACAGCGGGCGCUAAACAAACACCCGCUGAAAGGGAAUAUGCAAAGCCAGUUGAGCGCGCAGAAUAUGCGCAACGAGGUGGUUAUGAUCGUACCUCGUCAUACCCCAACUAUCCUACGCGGAAUGGCAAUGCUGGUGUUGGGGCUAGAUAUCUUGGUGACGGACGAUACGAGGAUGACGAUGAGUACGAUAGCUUAGAUGAUGAUGGUGAUGGGAGGAGUUAUAGCGGUAAAGGAGAAGAGCUUAGCCAGGAGAGCUUUGUGGUGCCGAAGAAGAAGAAGAAAUGGCAGAUUUGGCGCUAAAGGGGGAGUUUAAUGAGUUCCUGGAGGGGGUGUUUGAUGUAAUGAAGUUAUGACGAUCGGUACAUGGACAAGAGAAGGGAUGGGAUGGAAACAAAGGGGGAGUAAUAUAAUAAUAGUGUCAGCGUAUAGGCGUACAGUGUUUAGCGGUCAACGUUUAGCAGUCAACGUUUAGCAGUCAGCGGUUUAGCACAGCAUAUAGGUUUUCAUCUUUACCUUUUUUCACUUUUACAUAACGAACAUACUCAAUAGAUACCCUCACGAAUUCGUACUUGGACUCGUCCCAGAAGCCAGUCUAAUAUCAC